AUGGGUGGGGAGCGGACAAUUGGAAGCACCACGAUCCGGGAGAUCUCGCCGCAGAGCGAGACAUUCAUCAACAGCACCACGUUCUUCAUUGCCCUGAUCACCGUGGUGCUAACGGUCGCAAUUAUCGGCACGGCAGUCUUCCUCCUCUUCUUUGGCGAAAAGCCACAUGGCAGUCGUUUAGGGCUAUGCUCAAGCGAUGCCUGCAGGCGCGCUGUGCUCGACAUGCACAUGCUGAUCGACAACAGCAGGAACCCGUGCCACGACUUUCACGGUCACGUCUGCCAUCGCUGGCAGCAGAAGACAACUGCUGCCGAUGCAGACGUCGUCAGUUUUCUUCGCAACGGUACGCGUCAUCUCCUGGAACACAUCAACAUCAGUCUGAGCAUGUCGGAUAGCUACGCGGCAGCUUCGGACGACUUCUACAGCCUGGCCAAGUUCUACAGGUCCUGCGAGCGCUUCGUGAGCACGCCUACCUUGUCCAUGAGCGACGUGCUGCAGCCCUUCCAGAAGUACGGCGACGUGGUUCUCAAUCUUUCCACAUUCCCGGAUGUUGUACGGCACAUCGUGGAACUCUCGCUGGCACACGGAAUUCACACCGUCCUCGACAUACGCCUGAGCAAGUUUCCCGACGGCGUGUUCCUGCGCAUCUUACGCGGCCAAACGCUGGCGCAGAAGAUGGACGUGCAACCCGUUCUGCCCCCGGAGGACUACCUGCAGGAACUGCUACACGAGCUCUCAAGCAUUCGAGACCGCCAGUUCAACCUCACUGACAUCCUCUACUAUGAGCACACGGUGAGUAGUAUCAUGGUGCAAGCUGGUCAGGAGCAAAGAGAGAGCGCGGCCGUUUUCGAGCACCUGACCACAGCUGUGCGUCAAGCCGAGUGGCUCGAUGCUCUAAAUGUGUACCUACCUGACGAGCGAAAGGUGAGCAACCACUCCAUAAUAUCUAUCGACAGCAUCGACUUGAUCCGGCGGCUGUUCGACUUCUUCAAAGAUCUUGUCGACUAUGGUGUGGUCUAUUUGUACAUCCAGAUUCUAAUCGACGGGCUCCGGUUUGAUUAUCUGCGUCGAGUGAAUGGCAGUGACCCCGAGCGCGUCGUGUCGUCGUGCCUUCACGCGACCCGACUCGUGAUACGCAAUGCGAGGAAUGUCAUUGCAAGACACCUGCUCCGGGAAAAGCGCGCGAACGCCACCAUUCUUCCGGUGUUCUCAGAGGUACUCAGGGCCAUCUCCGCCGGCAACAGGUUCGCAUGGAUGAGCGAUUUCAUGAGGCAAGAGGCACAAAGGACGCUCCAUGAUGCCAGGCUGCACCAGUUCCCAACCUUCGCGAAGGAAGGUCCCGUUCUCGAGCACGGCGACCUGGCUGAGGCCUCCCUGAUCAACGCGUUUCCGGGCCUCUUCAUUCGCCUCAAGGAACAGCAGCAGUGGAGCCAACUUAAACAUCCUCCGGCGGUGCGCGAGGCUGAGAUGGACGACGCCUUCCUCUUGAGCAGCAACGUGCUUCACGACGCGCUCUCCGACAGUGUCGUCGUGCCAGCGUCCCUGCGUCGGGAGCCCGUCUUCUACGACGGCGACGUGCCACCCGAGUUUGCAUUGGGCAGCCUAGGCGUACUGCUGGCCAGAGCACUUUUGUACGCUGUGGUGCCGUCCAGCUCUUUAGCCCUGUGGUCGUCGGAAGAAAAGCUUGCCCUGCUCCGCUACGAGCAGUGCAUGGACGAGAAGGCUCGUUCGGCGUUCAACGUGAGCCUCCUUUACAGGCGCGACCACGAACCUACCACGAUCUACGUCUUGGCUCAGAGUGCUCGCACCGCGUACGACGCGCUCGCGACGGCGUACAAAGAGCGCCAGCCGACCACCGACUGGGACAGCUACUGGAACACGGCUCAGAAGACUUUCUUCAGGCGCUUCUGCCUUCUCUCCUGCGGUGUGGAAAGCGAACUGCAGCGCCUCGCGUCGGAGAUCUUCUGCUUCCUUCCGCUGCUCAACAUGGAGGAAUUUGCGAAAGCCUUUAGUUGCCGGAACCCGCCAUCAAUGUACAGCGGAGCUUAUUGUGUUCUGUGA